AUCCCUUUUUUCCGUUGACAAAAGGCUAUGCUUUUUUUAACAUUCCGUUUCCGCAUCCGGGUGUUCUAUGUGGCGGCCUUUUCGUAGGCUGUAGCUAGGAGAGCACUGAAAUAGAACGGCUUCGAUUAUUAGUGAGUGUUGAUCGGAUCUGGGUGACAUUGGCGAGGUAUUUGAUGCAGGUGGCAAACCAGGAAGCUAUAAGUGACGGUAAUUCUAUUCCCAUAUUCCUGUUGCGAGCUGGUGCAAACACAAGUCAUGGAGAUACAAUCGGUUCAAAUGGCGUUGAUUACCAACCUAGUGUCAGGCCUACUAAUCUUGUUUGUCCAACCUGUCUUCGCGAACUCAACGGUAAGGACAUCUGGUGAUGCUUCAGUGUCUAACAUGACCACGAUGUCAACGUCAAAUCCGGAAACUCUGAACACGACAGUUCUAGAGUCAACAGAUUCACCCUCAACGAGGGAUGAGACUUCUUCAGUUACGGUAAGGACAUCAAUUGGUGAUGCUUCAGGGUCUAACAUGACCACGAUGUCAACGUCAAAUCCGGAAACUCUGAACACGACAGUUCUAGAGUCAACAGAUUCACCCUCAACGAGGGAUGGGACUUCUUCAGUUACAAGCAGUAUGUCGUCGUCGACACCCGAGACGGAUCAAUCCACACAGAUGACAACAAUGUCAUCGCCAACGACACUAAUGCCAAGCACUGUGUUGCCGUCACCUCCUAAGACAAUGAGCACAACUGCAGGACCAGCUCUAGGGCAGGGAGAAAUCAUCGCCACCGGUGUUGGGGGAGGAGUACUGCUACUAGUGCUGUUUGUAAUCGCUGCAUUCUGCAUUUACAAGAAGUGUAGUGGCGACGGCAUCGAUACUAGACCUAUCAGUAAGAUUGACGAGGAUGACUGCUUUCCCACCAGGAUGUCGAUGCAUCGUCCCGAGGCGGCCACCAUGAACGCUGAUGGUGAUCUUGCCUUCCUCACAUUCACGGGGAAACACAACGAUGUGGACGGCAUCGUCAACCCAACCUACGACACCACCGUCAUCGACGAAUAUCCAAAUCAAUGUGCAACUAUUCCGUCAAAAGCCCGGCUGUCCCAAAACCCAAACGAGGGAAGGGAUGGCGGUAAGGAUGCAGAUGAUAAAAGUGACGUUGAGGGCGUUGUUGAUGUUUCUGAAAAAAUGGACGCUGAGGGCGCUGUUGACGCUUCUGACAAGAAGGACGCUGAGGGCAUUGUUGAUGCUUCUGACAAGAAGGGCGCUGAGGGCGAUGUUGAUGCUUUUGAAACUGAAAAGGCCGACGUUGCCAGCGAGUCUCCAGCUACGACCACUGGCGGGGAAAUACGGCCGAUCAGUGGGGUGUCAUAUAAAAGCGCAGACAUUGAUUUUGCCCUCGAGGUAUUAGAUGUAGGACCAGUCUGAUGGAGAGAUCUGUGCUUCUGUUCGAAAAUGUAACCCCUGACCUCAACCCACCAUAGCACGGGAGCGUACGGGGUGCCUCACCUUUAUCACGCUGUCACCAUCUUGGUCAUGUUACCUCUUUCCAAUAACAACAAUCAAUGCUAACGUGCAUUGCGCAUGGCACCAUACUAUUAUUUCGUCUAGCGUCAGUUUGGUUACAACGAUUUGGAAUGGAGUAAAAUCAAGAUGACCACACCCCGUGUUAAAGGUCUAUAUCACGUAAAGAAAGGGUUGUAUUGUUUUCAGCAGGGUCACGAUCACUUAUCAUACAUGCAUACAGCAAUGUUUUAUAUAACACCAUUCAUCAAGACCACAGCUGUUGAAACAGAGAAACGAGGAAACGAUGAAACACCUUGCAAAUAAAAAUCACAAACAGCCAAACAAUCAUCGAAACAAACACUCAUCAAGAGAACAAGCACUACUUUAAGGUCAUCGUAUAAUAAUUAUUUUUCUUAGUAUACUUUGCUUUGCUUAUGUUUGAUUUUAUUUGCUUUGUAAAUAACAAGUUUUUAAUAUUUGUUUUAUUUUUUCAUUAUCAUUAUUUUGUGUGUAUUUAAUUAACUAUUGCAUGUUUUUUUGUAUACCAUCGCCAGGUUGAUUAGCUAACUACAGUACUACGUUGUAUACUCUAGUCAUAGAUUUUUCGUCAUAUGUUUUUAUUUUAUUUUUUUCCACAGUUUGAUUUGUGUGUAACCUGGGGGCACCACUAUAUAUUAAGAGAGAGAAUACCAUGUCCAGGCACUGAACACUAUUAGUAAUUGUCAAAGACCAGUCUUCUCACUUAAAGGGAAGGUACACGUUUGGUAAUUACU